UUCUGAGUAGUCCCAAAGAAUGAAUUAAAAGACAAGUGAGAGCGACUCAAGGAAACUUCAUUUUCAAGGCUUCUGUUUCCAACACUGCCUGGGUUCACACAGGGCACUGAGCUGGGUCAGUGAAGGGGGCAAUACCUUGUUGUAUGAAUCCACCAACCCAAUAUUGUGAGCUUUGUGGCUGUCCUUGUCUUCCCACAAACCCUGUAACUCCAAUGUUUGAUCCUCAGAUAGCGUCAUUCCACUCAGUCCUCUCAAAAGAAUGCUGCGGGUUAUAAAAACUGCAUUUGGGGCUCCAGUUAUCUGCCUUCCUGCCUUUUUACUGGCCCACAGAUGGGACAGCAAAAACGCAGGGAGUGCGGAGGCUGAGCUCUGCAGGAGCAGACGGACGGAGGAACAAUGCCUGUGGUGUGGCCAACUCUUCUGGACCUCAGCAGGGAUGAAUGCAAAAGGGUCCUCCGCAAACUGGAACUGGAAGCAUAUGCUGGAGUGAUCAGUGCCUUGCGGGCCCAGGGAGAUCUGACCAAGGAGAAGAGGGACCUUCUGGGGGAACUUUCCAGAGUGCUGAGCAUUUCAACGGAAAGACACCGGGCAGAAGUUCGGAGGGCAGUCAAUGAUGAACGCUUGACAACUAUUGCACAUAACAUGUCUGGGCCCAACAGCUCUUCAGAGUGGUCCAUCGAAGGCCGUCGGCUGGUUCCUCUGAUGCCCCGGUUGGUGCCUCAAACAGCCUUCACCGUCACGGCAAAUGCAGUGGCCAACGCAGCCCUCCAGCACAACGCGUCUCUCCCUUCCCCUGCAGAAACAGGAAGCAAAGAAGGUGAGGUCGUGGUUUGCUACUCCUACACAAGUACCACCUCAACACCAACGUCCACCCCCGUACCAAGCGGUAGUGUUGCAACAGUUAAGUCCCCCAGACCUGCCAGCCCAGCUUCAAACGUCGUCGUUCUCCCAAGUGGAAGUGCUGUUUAUGUUAAAAGUGUGAGUUGCUCGGACGAUGACGAAAAGCCCCGCAAGAGGCGCCGCACCAACUCCUCAAGUUCCUCUCCUGUCCUCCUGAAGGAGGUCCCCAAAGCCGCCCCACCGGUCACCAAGACCAUCACGGUGCCUGUGGGGGGCAGCCCUAAGAUGAGCAGCAUCAUGCAGAGCAUCGCCAACUCCUUGCCGCCCCACAUGUCUCCUGUGAAGAUCACCUUCACCAAGCCCUCGUCCACGCAGACCACCAACACCACCACCCAGAAGGUAAUCAUUGUGACUACGUCGCCCAGCUCCACUUUCGUCCCCAACAUCCUCUCCAAGUCUCACAACUACGCAGCUGUCACCAAACUCGUCCCGACGUCCGUGAUUGCUUCCACCACCCAGAAGCAGCCCGUGGUCAUAACGGCUUCCCAGUCCUCUUUGGUUAACAAUAGCACCAGCACCACAACAACUAGUCUCACCACAGGGAGCUGUUCCACGCCGUCUUCCACGCCCAGCACAGUUGCAGUGACCACAGUGGUGUCCUCCACGCCCUCUGUGGUUAUGUCAACGGUGGCACAGGGCGUGUGCACGUCAGCGAUCAAGGUGGCCUCAGCCAGGCUACCUUCACCCAAGAGCCUGGUGGGAACACCAACCCAGAUCCUCGCCCAGUUUCCCAAGCAGCAGCUGACUCCAGCUUCACCUGCUGCCCCACCUCCGCCCCAGCCGCUCCCACCCCCCCAGCAGUCUCCUCUGCCACCCAACAUUAAGCCCACCAUCCAGAUCAAACAAGAAUCAGGUGUCAAAAUCAUCACUCAGCAGGUUCAGCCCAGCAAAAUCCUCCCCAAGCCGGUCACGGCGACUUUGCCCAGCAGCAGCAAUUCUCCCAUUAUGGUAGUGAGCAGCAAUGGGACCAUUAUGACCACCAAGCUGGUCACAGCUCCUGCUGGGACUCAAGCAACUUACACCCGUCCUACCGUGAGUCCUUCCAUAGGGGCACGGGUGACGGGCACUCCAGGUGCAGCCACUUACGUGAAAACCACCAGCGGCAGCAUCAUAACCGUCGUCCCCAAAUCACUUGCCACGCUGGGAGGCAAGAUUAUCAGCAGCAACCUUGUUUCUGGUAACUCCUUGAUGAAGACCUAUUUUCAGCAAAAAGGAACCACCACCAAAAUCACUACAAUCCCAGUUACUUCUAAGCCCAACGUCAUAGUCGUGCAGAAAACAGCAGGAAAGGGGACCACCAUUCAAGGUCUUCCGGGCAAAAACGUAGUCACAACGUUGCUAAACGCAGGGGGAGAGAAAACCAUCCAAGCCGUUCCAGCUGGAGCAAAGCCAGCCAUCAUCACUGCCACCCGGCCCAUUACGAAAAUGAUUGUCACACAGCCCAAAGGAAUUGGCUCCAGUGUCCAGCCAGCGACCAAAAUCAUCCCCACCAAAAUCGUAUAUGGACAGCAAGGGAAGACUCAGGUCCUUAUCAAGCCCAAGCCGGUGACCUUCCAGGCUACAGUGGUCAGCGAGCAGGCGAGGCAGCUGGUGACGGAGACACUGCAACAGGCAUCCCGCAUGGUGGAGACAGGGAACGCUUUCCUGCCGGAGGUGAAGGAAGAGCCCCAGGCAUAUACUGACAGUAGCUCCUCUUCCAUGGAGUCCGCCCAGGGAUCCCAAGAUUCCCAGCCUGUGGUCCAUGUCAUUGCUUCUCGAAGCCAGGAUUGGUCAGAACACGAAAUCGCUGUGGAUUCCAGCCCAACCAUAAUCUACCAAGAUGUCUCUGGCGAAUCUCAGUCAGCCACAUCAACCAUUAAAGCCUUGUUGGAGCUCCAGCAGACGACAGUCAAAGAGAAGUUGGAAACCAAGCCCAGGCAGGCCACGAUCGACUUGAGCCAAAUGGCUGUCCCAAUCCAGAUGACCCAGGAGAAGCAGCAUUCUCCAGAAAGCCCAUCAAUUGCCGUGGUUGAAUCAGAGGUUGUUGCAGAAUAUAUCACCACUGACUCUGGAAGGCUUCACUGUGUUCCUUCACAUUCAGAAGAGUAUCUUCAGAACCACAUCGUGAGCCACCGGUCCCAGUCCCACCAGCCGUCCUCUCAGGCCCAGCGGACCCUGCUUCAGCACGUGGCCCAGUCCCAGACGGCGACACAGACCUCAGUCGUGGUGAAAUCCAUCCCCACCUCCUCCGCAGGCGCCAUCACCCACAUCAUGCAGCAGGCCCUGAGCAGUCACACGGCCUUCACCAAACAUAGCGAGCAGCUGGGCACCGAGGAAGGGGAGGUGGAAGACACCCUGGACCCCCAAACGGGGCUCUUCUACCGAUCCGCCCUGACGCAGGUGCAGAAGCAGCAGAAGCUGAGCCAACCCCAGCUGGAGCAGACUCAGCUGCAAGUCAAGACCUUGCAGUGCUUCCAAGCCAAGCAGAAACAAACCAUCCAUCUGCAGACCGAGCAGCUCGCCGCCAAGCUGCCCCAGAUGCCCCAGCUGUCCAUCCGACACCAGAAACUGGCUCCGCUCCAGCAGGAUUCUGCCCCCGCCAAGCUGGAGCCCCAGCAGGCCGGCGCCCCCUCCAUCCCCCGCGAGAGGCAGCUGCCCACCUUGGUCGCCCAGCCCCAACAGACGGUGGUCCAGGUGCUAGCAGUCAAAACCACCCAGCAGCUGCCCAAACUUCAGCAGGCCCCCACAGCGCAGAAGAUCUACGUCCAGCCCCAGAGCCAGCUGCAGCUCCCUGCCGCUCCCGAGAAGCAGCCCACGAGCCAGGUGCACCAGCCCAUAAUAACCCAAGGAUCGUCUGUUACAAAGAUCACUUUUGAAGGGCAUCAGCCCCCCAUGGUGUCCAAGGUGGCGCCACCCCUCCCACACCUGUUUCCUGGCCAGGUGGCUGCGAAGACAGCAGUGGCGGACAUUUUGAAGAUGUCCAUGAUGGAAGCCCAGAUUGAGCCCAGCGCCGACCGGGCGGGUGUGGAUCCUGCGCACAAGGCUCCGCCCCCCACCAACCCUCCUGGCGGUGCAGAGUCGUCCCCCGCCACCGUGCUGAAGGCAGCCCCAGGAGGGGCCCCCACAGUGGGGACAGCAUCUGUAUUGCAGCAGGCGAAAGGCUUGGACUCGAAUUCGAGCCCUCCUGGGGUGGGGCUGCCUCCACAGGAGAGGAAGCCAAACCCCCCAGCUCCCCCCACGGCCAGCCAGUUCAUCCGCAUCCAGAACAUUGCUCCCCCCAAAGCCGAGGAGCUGGCUGCAGAGAUCCUGAUUCAGACAAUCCCGCAGUAUUCGGUCGCCUGCCAUUCCACUUCCAAUGUGGUGGUAGAACCCAGCGGUCUCCUGGAGAUGAAUAACUUCACCAGUCAACGCCUUGAUGAGGAGGACACCGUCAUGGAACAGGACAUUGACAGCAGCAACGAGGACGGGACGGAGCCCAGCCCGAUGCAGAGUUCAGAACAGACCUAGUGCAUUUCGGACACUUGGAUGCACUUUAAGGCAACAGCUGAAGGUCUGGCUGUUGGUGUCCAAGAAGCUCUUAUAUUACUCGUAAGAAGCACUUUGCCUAUCCGAGGUCUUUGGACGGGCUGACGGCCGGCGUGUUAGCGAGACAGUAUUGGCGAGAUGGGAUCGCAAAACGGUUUUGACAGGAGAGGCCCCGUGACCGUUCUGGGGCCACCGUUGGACAGCAGAAUGUAUUUUUCGUUGAGGUCAGGAGAGCAAAAUACGUGCAGUGAUUUUUAUUUUUCGUUUUUUCCAUCAAGGAAGGUAUAUUGAAGUUUUGUUUGCUACGGCAUUCUGGAUUAUCUAUUGAAACGUGGUGGUGUUUAAAAAAAAACACACACACACACAGCAACCCAACAAGUCCUCCCCCUCCCCUCCCGAAGCCACAAAGUGAAGUCUGAGCUUGUGGUUGAACAAAUGUUCAUCACAAAGAGAUCUUUGUGAUUUUGUUUUAAAGGCUAGCAUGUGGAGUCUCUUUAAAACUGAUAGCAGGGAGCAUUCAGACAUGCUGUCUUACGCAGGGGGGAGAGACAGUUUCCCUACACUGCACCUCUUUUUCCUUUCAAAGUAAAUUUCAGAAUAUUGGCCCUUAAAACAAAACAUGCGGUCCCAAAAUUUUCAAAAUUGUGGAUGCCACACUGUGAUGACGCUGGUCUUCCCCUGACUUCACAGAUUUUUUUUUUCCUUUCUUUCUCUGAUCCACAGAUGAAACUGUUCAGGGAGCCCAGUGCUGAACCUGCUUCUUUCUAUUUAUCUAGGCCAAAAGGAAGAACGUUUCACACCCCUGGCCUGUGAAACAGCACCAGGCACUGUUCAGUAUCUUUUCAUAUUUAAGCUGUGAAACGAGAAUGGGUUUAAUGCGGAGGACGUUGGAUGCCUGAGAUAGAAUUUGGGUGCGAGCAUAAAUAUUCGGACUCAUCUUUCAUUCCUAAAUGCAACUUUAAAAAAGAGAGAGAGAGAGAGAGAGAGAAAGAACCACACAACUUUUCUUAUGAUUAUGUGGGGACUUUAAAAAUGUACAUGGCCCUUUCAAUAGUUUUGUUUGACUGUAUUUAAAGUGGUCCUUCUUCAGCCUAAUAGUUUUAGUUUGCACAGGAAAUACAUUGGGGUUUUACUGUGGCGAAAAAAUCCCGAUUAAAAAGAAACAAGAAAAAAAAACCUUAAUAAUGAAGACAUGGCUUUUAUACGUGUGUGUGUGUGUGUGUGUGUCUGUGUGUGUGAGAGUAUGCGUAUACACACACAAAAAAUGUACAUAGGAAGUUUUUAACUUUUUUGUAUAGAUUUCAUUAUAAAUAAGCAUUUUACGAUUUUUGAAGUAUCUUGUAUAUACACCCUUCAGUUGAACUGCUGUUUGGUUUUCGGUUCGGUCCUUGUUCUGAUCUUUUUCGUUUUGGUUCGUUUCGUUUCGUUUCUCGGUGCUGAAGUACUACUUUAAGUAGGCGCUCUUCGAAAGCUCUAAUACAAUUUUGUGUCAAUAUUUUUAUAUUGUGAUUUUAGUGUUUUGUAAUUAAACCACCAGUAGACAGAAAACGCCGCUGGCUGAAGUUUGAAACCCAAAA